UAUGCGGCACCCGCCGCCUACGCCGCUCCCGCUGCCUACGCCGCAGCCCCCGCAGUCGCUGCCCCACUAGUGGCGAAGGCAGCCUUCGCCGCCCCUGCCGCCUACGCUGCAGCGCCUGCAGUGGCGGCCCCCUUGGUUGCCAAGGCAGCCUUCGCCGCCCCCGCCUACGCUGCAGCCCCCGCAGUAGCCGCUCCACUGGUGGCUAAGGCCGCCUUCACCGCCCCCGCAGCCUACGCCGCCCCCGCUGCCUACGCGGCUGCUCCCGCGUUCGCACACUAUGCCUACUACGGCUAGAUGUGGUUAUCCACUGCGGUUAAACCCAACAGUCUUGUCAAGCUCUGCAACGUCUCCCCAAGAACCACCUCGUUCCACCAUUUAACUUCACAAAAUCCUGUAUCCCGUCCUCAUGUUUUCCUACCUCGUUCCAUCGGUUAAUUCCGCAAAACAGUGUAUCAUCUCCUCUUCUAUUCCUCAGCCCGAGGAAUGUGUACUCGGAGAGAUUGCCAAAAGACAUCCCACUCCUGCAGAUUCUUAAAAGGCUCAGAGCUGAAGAAAUAGUGUCACGCUUCCAGACGCUACGCUUCAACGAUAGCACACAGUCCCACCUUAGCUUGCCUGCAUACUAGUCUUCAAACCCUUCCUGCCACUACUACAUUUUAGUUCUAGCGUUAGGGCUACACCACAGUUCCUGACGACUACUGUUUAUCCUUGCACAACGCGGUUACACAAAGAAAUUAUACCUCUUGCACUGCGUUUUUCGCACGCAGGUAUCAACAGGAAACCUAAGUACGCUCUUACAGCGAAGUUAAUGCUAAGUACAUACGGCUCUUAGUUUUUUUAAGUUCAAACGCCGUUUUCUUGUUCCAAUAAGAAAAACGCGUCGGAAUUCAUAAAACUAAUACGUGAAUGCUUACCGCGGCAAACGAAUGCAUAACAAAUCUGACAUACGCCAAUAUUGGCUUCAGGUGAAUCACACAUUUCUCAUGGCUUCACAGAGGUGGAAAUCCAUACGUAUUCCAUUCCACACGUUAUAGGAUUCUCUCCCUGUUGCUGUUUCUCCGUAUGCGGUCUGCUGAAUACUUAGUUGUAAAACAAAACGGUUUGUGGAGAAUGCUUUCUCUUCGCUGUGAGGUGAAAUGUAUUGAUUAAUAAAUUCCACGUAUCAUCAAAACAGCUCGGGAUUGAUGGAUAGUCUAUUUCACGAUUCGAUCUGCACAUGUUCUAGAACCCCACGUUAACUUUACCAAAACUGGCUGCAAUGCAGCGGGUGAACAGACCCGGGCGAAAUUGGUAGAAUUGUGUUUGCAUACUACGAACUUCUGCCUACCAUCUGACUACCUUGCGCUCUAAUUUUUCACGGACACAAGCUGCAAGCAGCAUAGAAAACCAUUCUCUUAUCGGGACUCAGAUCACCCUACUCCAAUGAAAACGAGACAUUCCUGCUCGCAUAUGUCUCAGGAGACAUACUUACACUUUUUCGAGCCUGGAAGUAGGUUUUGGAAUGUGCAAACUGCCUUUCCUGCAAACUGUAAAAUACGCGGUAGGCAUACUGGUGUGGAUCGAGGAUACAAAAAUAAAAUGUUAGUCUUCUGACAUACAAAUACUCCACACCCAGCAUUCAGCUCACAGCUCUAAUCUUCCGCACUGUUUUUCGCUCCCUAUUCCAGUUACUCAUUUCGAAGCUCUCUCUCUCUCAAAGAGUGACACACAUGUCGGACACGCAUUCUGCGUUGGCUCUCCUUCCGAAGAAAAACAGCCGAGACGUGCCUGGAAAAACUCCAGCUAACGGAGGCAAAAGAAAUUCCGACGCGAAACCCACUUCACCGCUUCGGAUCACGUGGGAAGGUUUCUCACAGUUCGCGUGACUUCUGUUCCAAAGGAGAAAUGUCCGAUUUCCACUCUCGCAACAGCGUUCGUCCAAGCAGCUAAAUAUACAGCUAGCUGCGUCCUUUCCACUUCCUGUGGAAACAAGUCGAUAGCUUCGACUACGGCUCUGCGUCUUCGUAAACUUAAUGGUACACAACUCCAAAGUAUUCCUUCCUCAUUUGUACUGCAGCCGAAUGUUUUUAACGAGGCAAUCGGGACAAACGGUCUCCCAGUCAAACGAUUUCCCUACUGCUCCCUGCCAUAUCCUCGACUUCCUUUGAAGGUUCCAGAGCUUGUUCAGACUCAAACCUGUGAACAUCCCACUGUAAGAUCCGAUUUUUACGAUACUGUUGUUGUACAUAUUUGUUACUUUUUUCACCGCCCAUGUUGUAUUUAGAAAAUAAAAAUAUUGUUCGCAUCUCA